UAACGCGGAGGAGGUACUUAUGUAUACAUUGGUACCAAAUACCGACGGCAAGCUAGACCGAUACACGCAACUGCCUUGUUCUCCGUGAUCUCUCACUGAGGCAGUCGGUUUCCUAGCAUCGUCCAUAACUUGGGCACGCGUAGUCUUUCUAAAUUAUCCGCUUCAACGGAACUGUACACAGUGUCGCCGCGACUUCGCGUGUUUCGGGUUCUACGAUUCUGCGUUAUCAAGACGUUCAAGGAAUAUCGCUAAUGACUAGGGAAAGCAUAGUGGCCGACCAUAACCGGCUUAGUGUGUCAUUUACGCUUUUGGCACCGUUAUACCGUCCUUGAAAAGAUACCAGCGUCGCAAGAAGCAUCGAAACGCCGACCGAGAAGCCGCAGAACGCGCGCGAUCGUCAAAUUCCAUUCAGUUCGAUUCGGUCGGGUCUUGAAUCACGAGUUACGUAUGGUGGACACGUUUGUUUGUACACUGACACUCCGUUUACUGGGGGCGGCUUGGAAUCCGGCAGAGGACAUUUAGUGGACUGUGAAAGAACCAGAAUUCGACUGUAAAGGCUUUCACGAAAAUUUACUCCAAAAAUAAGGGUUAGGCAGUCUCCUGGUGACUCUGCUCGUGGUCUCGGUGCAGAGCGCUCCGACGAUGACCCUCGAGAAUAGACGACUGAGCUCGCCCCCGAAAUGGGUGAACCCUUGUGGCCUAGCCGCCGAAGACUUCAACGGUGAUUUGGACGUAGUGCAAUUAACCGACUCGCAGCUUCUGCACCAAGUUGUGGUUCAAGCGAAAACUGCGCUAAUGCACGCGGAGCUUUUUCGUGAGGAUUACGCAAAACAGAUCUUCAACAUUGACUUCGCUGAUCUGCAUUCCACGUUUAAAGAUCAUCACUACGAUUGGCUUCCGGGCGAACAGCAGAUUCCAAAGCAACUCGGAGAGCAACUGGAUCAAAGGUUUCUUGACCAUCUAGAACUUGACACGGCUCUUAUCAAUGCGUACGAAUAUAUGCAGAAAUAUGCAGUUGGUCUGGAACAAAUUGUUUGGGAUCAAGAGGAUCUACAACUCGAGUUUCGCGAACAAUUUAAGGACACGGAAUAUAAACUACGAACGGUUCUCUGCGAGUUGCAAGUGGCACUAGUGGAGCGUCAACUAUCGUCGCGGCCGGACGUUACCCGCGAAAUCAUGAAGCCCGAGUUCCGGACCAUGGCAUCGUCCGCGACGUUUCGAAACCUACGUGACUGGUUAAUCUUCCGGGAUUACAUGAACGGCCUCGAAUACGUGGUGCAGGUGUUCGAACACUUACGCCGCGGUCUUCAGUCCUGAGGAUGGCAAGGCGAAAGCCGACGAAGGGCUACCAGGCGACGACUCGCCCAUCUGAGAAAACCGGAACACCUGAAUUUGGAUGGUCAGCUUUCUUGAGGUCACCGAAGAAGCGGGUAUUAGGGAGAAUGUCCUAGGCAUGCUCUGCCAAGCAGGCCGGGGGCUAACAUCCGUUCGGGUUCCAGUGAGACGCGUCUCAAUGGCGAUGACCGAUCUAUCUAUCGGUCGCGGGCCAGCGACUGACAAACACUUUGCCGUUAACGCCGAUAGAUACAUCUCAUCGCUGGGUCGCGAAAGUGUUCGCGCGUAUCCAACCGAAGUUAUCUGCCGUAACUUUGGGACGGGAUCGAUGGAAAUCAUUCUCGACUCUCAUUGACAGCGUGUAACGCCGAUACUCGCUGAUGAGGAUUCCGCGAGACGACCGGGGAUUAAGGAAGAUGGGAA